AUGAGCGGCCGCGGACGAGGAGGACGAGGAGGAGGCCGCGGCGGUCGCGGAGGCGGCGGGAGAGGAGGCGGCGGCGGCGGCGGCGGAGGGAGAGGACGCGGAGGACCGCCGAGCGCUGCGGGGCCCGCGGGGGGAUCGUCGUCGGGCCGCGGGGGGCCGCCCGGCGGGAGAGGCGGCGGGUCCGGCAAGGACCGCCGACGCGCGAAGCAGCAGGCCACCGUCGACGCGAAGGGCGCCAAGGAGGCGGACGCGAACGCGGUCCGAGCCAUCGAAUCGGAGCUCUUCGCGGGCGGGCAGUCGUCCGGGAUCCGGUUCUCGGACUACGCGGAGGUCCCGGUGACGCGCUCAGGGCCGGGAGAGGAGAGCAAAGGCGGUCCCGCCGCGCUGAUCUCGUUCGACGUCCUCGGAUCGAACGGAGGAUCGAACCGGCGGUCGAUCGCCGUCCCGAAGUUUCUCCUCGACAACGUCGGGCGGUGUAAGUACGCCUCGCCGACGCCGAUCCAAGCCCACGCGAUCCCCAUCGCGCUCGACGCGAAGAACGACCUGAUGUGCUGCGCGCAGACGGGAAGCGGGAAGACGUGCGGGUUCUUACUCCCGGUCAUCGCGAAACUCGGGACGGGUGCGACGACGACGCCGGAGGGCGCGGCAGAGCGCGCGGCGACGCCGGCGGCGCUCGUGAUGGCGCCGACGCGCGAGCUCGCGAUUCAGAUCCACGUCGAAGCGCGGCGGCUGGCGUUCGACCCGGCGGCGAUGACGAGCGCGACCGCGCUGCGCGCGGUCGUCGUCUACGGCGGCGCGGACGCGAAAGCGCAGCUGCGAGAGCUCGCGCUCGGCGUCGACGUCCUCGUCGCGACCCCCGGGAGGCUCACCGAUUUCGUGGACCGCGGCGUCGUCUCGCUCGCGCGGGUGAAGCAUCUGAUCUUGGACGAGGCGGAUCGGAUGCUCGACAUGGGGUUCGAGCCGCAGAUACGGAAGAUCGUGCUUCAGAGGGACAUGCCGCCGAAGCACGCGCGGCAGACGCUCAUGUUCAGCGCGACGUUUCCGGAUUCGAUUCAGAAAUUGGCGCGGGAGUUCUUACGCGACUACACGUGGAUCGGCGUGGGGCGCGUCGGGAGCACGGUGAACGCCAUCGCGCAGCACUUCGAGCUCGCGACGUGCGACAAGCGCCACAAGCUAGAUCUGCUGAUCGCCGCGCUCGCGAAGGCGCCGCCGCCGGCGCUCACGCUGGUUUUCGUCCAAAAAAAACGCACCGCGGCGUGGGUCGCCGGCCAGCUGUCGAAACAGCACGGCGUCAGGGCGGAGUCCAUACACGGCGACCGCACGCAGUCGCAGCGCGAGGCCGCGCUCGCGAGCUUCAAGUCCGGGAAGGCGCCCGUGAUGGUCGCCACGGACGUCGCCGCGCGAGGGAUCGACGUCCCGGGCGUCGCGCACGUCGUCAACUUUGAUCUCCCCACCGCCGCGGACGACUUCGACUCGUACGUCCACAGGAUCGGACGCACGGGGCGCGCGGGGCGGGAAGGGAUGGCGACGUCGUUCUUCGUGCCGGGGUUUGAUCCGAAGACGGGGAACGGGAAGAUCGCGUCGCAGAUCGCGACGCUGCUGCGGGAGCAGAAGAAGGAGGCGCCGGCAUUCAUCGCGAACGGCGGGGGAGGACGCGCGCCCGCGUUCGUCGCGGCGCCGGGACCCGCGACGGACGCGCGGCCGGCCGCCAUGCGCGGCGGCGGCGGAAGAGGUGGCGGCGGCGGCGGGAGAGGCGGCGGCGGCGGAGGGGGAAGAGGCGGCGGCGGGGGCGGGGGCGGGGGACGCGGCGGCGGAGGAAGAGGCAGCGGAUUCGGCGGCGGCGGCGGCGGCGGCGGCGGCGUCUCCGUGUUCACGUCCGCCGACGCCGGCGGCGGGAGAGGCGGCGGGAGAGGCGGACGCGGCGGGAGAGGCGGACGCGGCGGCGCCAGGGGCGGGACCGGGCCGCCGCCUCCGAAGGUGCAGCGCACGUAG